AUCAAUGUUUGUCGGAGUUGGGGAAGGGAUCAGGUCUCUCUUUCGUUUCUAACUUGUAAACAUGGAACACGACGAGAUGUGUUGCUUUCUUCCUGACCUCAGUUCUGUCCUGUUUGAAAAUUAUCCAUUUAUUAGUCAAACACGCAAGAUGACGUUGUGGAUUUGACCAGAGAUUUUGUAGCUAAGGUAUUUUAGUCCUACAUGCCGACGUAGACUGAAACCAAGUUUACAUAUUCAAGAUGGCGGAUCCCCUCGUCUCCUUGACAGCUGAAAAAUUGGUUGAUCUCUCAAACGACAGGGAAUAUCUUAGCGAAUGGCCUCCAGCAAAUGAUAUUAGAGAAGAAUCUGAACAAUUAAUUCAGGUAAAAAGACAGAGAUUGGAUCGUGCAGAGGACAGAAGACAACCCAGUGUGCAAGAUAAUUAUGAGGGAGAAAGAGUUUUAUGGGCUCGGCCCGCUCUGGCAAAGUGGUGGAGAGAAAGACAAAAGGAGCCUGGAUUAAAAGAUUUUACAAGCAUUCCAAAAUCGGUUAACCCUAAUACAGUUCUGAAAUAUGUUGCUGGCCUCCCCACAGGAAAAGCAUACUUAAAGGAGCAAAUCAACCUGCUGAAAAAGGAGAUAAUAUUACAUCCUGCAAGUGCUACACAUCAUGCUGCACUAGCAUCCUACUAUGACUUGCUUAAAGACACUUGUUCAGCUCUGAGUAGUCUUGAAGUUGCCACAAAGCUUGAUCCACUGGAUAAGAAUAUAGCAUGGCUGUAUUUGAAAGUACAACGAAGUAAAGAGCUGGAGGAUAAAAAAAGAAGUCUUCAGGAACAUUUUUUACCACAUCCUUCUACUGAUCAUAAGAUGCCUGAGCCAGUAGAGGUAGAGAGGCGUCACUGCAAUACUCUGGGAGCAAAACAGUUUUUGUUUGAGUAUUGUAUGACUGGUACCCCUGUUAUUAUCACAGGACUGGUGGUUACCAUGACUACUGCCCCUUGGGACUUUAAGCAUAUAAAAGAGGCAAUUGGUAACAAGACAGCAACACUCAAAAGAAUGGUGAAAGAAUCCACAGAAUGGGCAAAGCUUGAACCAGCUGGUAACAUGAAAGUAUCUGAGUUUAUCGACUCCCUGCAAACAUUAAAGGAACCACUUUACUUGUUUGAUUGGAGCAUACCAACACACGCUCCUGACUUAGCAGAAGAACUAAAGAUUCCCAAGUAUUUUGCAGGAGAUUUCUUGCAGAGAACUGCCCCAGGAUCAUUAUACCGGGAUAGUUGGCCAAGUCUUUUUAUUGCACCUAAAGGAUUGCACAGUGACCUUCAUGUUGACGCAUUUGGUUCAAAUUUCUGGAUGGCACUAUUCCAGGGCAGAAAAAGGUGGACAUUCUUCCAGAGAGAAGACAUUCCAUUACUUUAUCCACACUACCAGGAUUCACUUGACCUUGCAUUUGACGUAGACCUGAGUUGUCCUGAUCUUGAUAAAUUUCCCCUGUUGAUGUCAGCAGUGCCUCGUCAAUGCAUUUUAGAACCUGGUGAGCUGUUGUUUGUUCCUUAUGGCUGCCCACACAGAGUGGAAAACUUGGAAGAUUCUUUAGCAGUUUCAUCAAAUUUUGUUGACUUGUCUAACCUUCAUGUUGUUCUUGAGGAACUGAGAGGAAAUGCAUUGAUAGAUCCCAGAUCGCAAGAUUUGUUAAUACAAAUGACAAGGGAUAAUUUUCCAGUGAAAAUGUUUAGUCAACAGAGUGACCUUUCCUGGAAAGAUUUCAAGACAUGGCCUCGAGUUAAUUAUAAAGACUUUGAUAUUGAUAUGGAUGAUUUGCAAAAUUACACUGAUAAAUAACCAGCAUGUACUGGUAAUUAUUAAAUUACAUGCUUUCAGACAAAUCAUCUGUUAAGUGCUUGACUUCAUUUUAUGAAUACUGUGGUUUCAUUUAUUGAAAAAAAUCACAUCAGCCAGAAAAUUUGUCAAGUUGACAAAUAUUUAUUUAU